CCUGCAGGUCCCGGCUCUGGCAUCCGAGAGAGAUUGGAGUUCCCAGUGGUACACGUGAGCUGGAACGAUGCUCGUGCCUACUGUGCAUGGCGGGGGAAACGGCUGCCCACUGAGGAAGAAUGGGAGUUUGCUGCCCGAGGGGGCUUGAAGGGUCAAGUUUACCCAUGGGGGAACAAGUUCCAGCCAAACCGCACCAAUCUGUGGCAGGGGAAGUUCCCCAAAGGUGACAAAGCUGAGGAUGGCUUCCAUGGACUGUCCCCAGUGAAUGCUUUUCCCCCACAGAACAAGUACGGGCUCUACGACCUCAUGGGCAAUGUGUGGGAGUGGACGGCAUCCACAUACCAGGCUGCUGACCAGGACAUGCGUGUCCUCCGGGGUGCGUCCUGGAUUGACACAGCAGAUGGCUCCGCCAAUCACCGGGCCCGGGUCACCACCAGGAUGGGCAACACUCCAGACUCAGCCUCAGACAACCUGGGCUUCCGUUGUGCUUCCACUGCUGGCCGACCACUUGGGGAGCUGUGAGCAGCCAUCAAAGACCAGGAGUGAAGUCCCCUGGUACCAUGCUUUUCACUAACCACGUUCCAAACACAGCCAACUCUACACUGUUUAGCUUCAGCGUCAGGGGUGACCUCUCCCUUCCCCACCCCUCUGUGGCAGGCACCCCACAAGGGGCAGGAGAGACCUCACCUUCAAGGGUGGCCUCUGUCUCAUGGAGAAGGGCUCAGUGCAUAGACUGUGACAGAGUGGGUGUUUCUCUUAGAAGUUAACAACCUAGAGGCCAAACACUCCAACAGUUGAAACAGUGCUCUAAGAGGAAGUUUGCAAAAACAU